AUGAGAAACCAAAGAAAUUCCGAAAGAAAAUUUAAAAAGGUAAAAUUAAAUGAUCUUUUUGAAGAUGACAAUUUUAAAAAGUUGGAAAGUGAUAAUAAAUCUACAAAUAAGAAGAUUGAUAACACUUUUGUUAUUCAAAACAUUAAAAUAGAAAAAAUAAGACCUGUCAAAAUUUGCAAUGUCAUCAAGACACCUUCAAUUUUACCCUCUAAACAAAUAUUAAUAGACAUACAUUCCAAUGAUCCACUAACUCUACAUAACCUAUUUCUUAUUUUAAAACAGAUAAAAAUUACUGAUGAAAUAUUUUCUAUUGUUAUAAGAAAAUGUAAAGAUGUCAUUUUUAGAGAAAUAAAAAAUACAAUUCCUACUGGUAUAAUUUAUUAUCCAGGUGAUGAUAUUAAUAUUAGAAAUGUGACUAAAUCAAAUAUCAAUAUAUUUACAAAAAUAUUUGAAUUAAUUACAAGUAAAUGUUAUUCAAAAAGUAUGUUUACUAGAGAAAUUUCGGAUCAAGAUAUAUUUUCAUUAUUUCAUUUAUUAAAAUCUGAAGAUGAAAGAGAAAGAAUGAAUAUAUGUAAUAUAUUGAUUAAUAUUUAUGACGCAUAUUCAAUUAAGAUAAAAUAUAUUGUAGAAAAUGAAUUAAUACAAUUUUAUGAGGACAAUAGAACACAUAUAGGAAUUGAAGAAUUACUUGAACUUUUACAAUUAAUUAUAAAAAAUACCAAAGAUGACUCAUUUUUCUACCAAGUAGCUUUAAGAUUUUUAUCCAUUAAAAAUUUAGAAUAUUAUAAAUUAAUAACUGACAUUAUUUACAAAUAUUGUAGUGAAGAUGUAAAAAUAUCAAAUUUUACACUAAAUUAUAUAUUUGUAUUAUAUGAAAAGGUAGAUUAUAUUAAUAAGCCUAUAUUAGUUAAAUUAUACUUUAACAUUUAUAUAAGAUGGGCUAAAAGAAUACCUUUUAGAGGUAUUCUAAAUGAUAUGUGUUUUAUUAUAAAUUUCGGUUUAUCUUCUGAGUAUCAUCCAUUGGUAGAAGAAGUACUAAAAACUUUAGAUUCAAGGAUUAUAAAAAAAAUAUUUUCUGAAUACAUUGAUGAUAUUUUACCAAAGAUUUUUAAUAACAUAUACCUUUUAAGUAAAAAAUACUGGUAUAGUAAAGGUAAAUUAAGAAUAUUUAAAUAUAUUUCAAUAUUAUUAAGCAUGAAUUAUGCCUGUUUUGAAAAAUGCCUUAUUAAUUACAACCUUGAUAAAUUUGUAAAGAAAAGUUCUAAUUUUACUGAAGACACAGUUUUAGACAUUUUAAGAAAAUGUAUAGAACAUACCAAUAUAGAAAAUAAAAAUGAAUGGAAAAAUAUGAGAAGAAGGUCAUCUGAAUUUAAUGGAAAACCUACAUAA